GCGCGCGGAAAGGGGCGGAGUCUGAUCCUGAGGAAACGCGAAGGUUGGUAUCGACGGCUUCUUCUCACGGCUUGAGGGGGAUAUCGGUUGGGCCCGGGACUCAAGGCAGGCGCGGAAAAGCACACCAGAUUCUCUGCGACUAUCAAUAAUCCUCAGUCACUGAUAACAUCCAGCAAGUCUUCAAUCAGUUGCUGCUGUCUAACCCCGCGUGUGUAGUGAAUCCCAUGAGACCAUAACAUCUCGUGCCCCGCUGGAAAGCUAUCUCGGAGUAGCUGUCGUGACACUAGAAGCACUCUCAGUGAGAGAUUUGAGUGCUGUCAGGCGAGAAAGGUGAGAGGUCUUCGCAGGAGGUGCAAAAGUAUCGGAGGCCGCUGCCUUUGGUUUAACAGGUUCAAACUUAAAGACAGACUUUGCCAAGCCUGGUGAGCCACCCAGAGUGAAGGGGAUCCCAAGACAUCAGAGAUGGAUCCCAAACCAGCACCUUGGAAGAAUCAGAAACAGGCAUCUGGAAGCUCAGAAACUAAUCUACACUAUUGUGAGGUUUGCCAAGUUCCAUGUCUAUCACUCGAGAGACACUGUGCUGGGAUAAAGCAUAAAAAGAAUGAAAAAGACCUGCAGGAAAGACGUUCCCCAAUAUUAACUCCAGAGCCAAUCCCAGUAAAGCCACAGCCUUCAAAAAUUAUAAGAUCUCUGAGAGAUUACAUGAAGGAUCCGGAUCGAAAAGAACCACUUAUAGGUUUGGAAUAUUUAAUCGAAAUUCGAAUCCAAGGGAAACAGUUUCCAUUCUAUGAAUGCCAAUUAUGCCAGUUUACUACAGAGUUGACACCAAUGAUACAACACCUCAUUGGGAGAAAACACAGAAACUAUUAUCUUCAAAAACAUCAUCCAGACAAAGCAACGAAACCCCCAAAGGAAGACAAAAAUGUGUUUCUUAGGCGGAUGGCAAGAGAGGUAGAAAAGACUGAAGGUUUAAAAAUGUAUAAGUGUGAAGGUUUUGAAAGACCGGGCAAAUCUUCAAAGCAAAAAGCAAGGUUUGCUAAAAAUCAGAAGCCUGAGAAUGAUCCAGUUCGGAAAUUGAAAGCUCUGGAAUAUUUGGAAAAAUUUGAGAUAAAAUCAGAUAAAGAAGCAUCUAUAGUAAUAAACCUCGCGCAGUUGUUAUCAGAAGAUCUGAAGGCCUACUGUCAAAAGCAAGCAACUAUCAACCAUAUUAAAAGCCUUCCAUCACUGCUGUCACCAGAAAUAGGAAAUGUCAACCAGCAUACGGCCACCAGUCAAUUUGAAAGCUACAUAAAUCAUCCAGGAGAAAGUUGGAAUCCUGGGUGCUCAACUAAUGAUUUCACACAAUUACAAUCCUUGCAACAGCCUGCACCAAGUACUUCAUCCACCCCUGCCAGCUCAUAUGCUUACCAAAUGAGUGAGAAAGUCUCUUCACAUGGCCUAAGUUGUCAAGAUCUUGCAACAGUAUCUGCUCCUGAAAAUUCAUUUGCCCAUCAGUCAAGUGGCUAUGGUACUGGAAUUGACUGGAUGAAGCAAUCCAACCAAUCUGCUUCUGCUUAUUCCCAGUCAGCACCAGUUAAAGAAAAGUCUCCCUUCUUCAGUACAUCUCAGAGCAGUUACAGAAAACAUUACCAAGAAGGAAGACAAGUAUCCAGUAAUGAAAAAACAGUGAGUAAACCAAGAACCUGGGAACGUGUUAGGAAUACAUACGACUCAAGGGCACGUUCUCUUAGUCCCACCUUGCAUCAUCCUUCAGGAAGAUCCCAAGCAAGUUUCCCUUCGCAGAAAUAUGCUUCACAUUAUCAUGAUGUGCUGGAAAGUGGUAAUCGGAUGCCUGCACGUUCCCUUUCUUCUGAAAAAAUUGGACCUUACGAGUUACAACAACCUUACUCAAAACCUGGCCUUGAUCUGGGAUCGCACUCCUCCUUUUCUACUGGCGGUCAGUACGAACAACAGAAUACACGUACUUAUGAUGAAAUAUGUGGAAGUAGGAAUGUCCUUACGGAUGACAUUUUGAGCCUACUUCGAGGAAAAGAUGCCGCUACAGUGGCAAACAUGCUUCAACAGUUGCUACCCAUUUGUCCAGGCCUUCAGAACGUUGAUAUUUAUGAAGUUGCCCAAGCUUUGAGUAAAAUGAAUUAAAAAUCAAAUUAAGCUGGAGUGGAAGCCAUUAAAGGACAGAUCUGGAGGAAGAGGACUUCAGUGAUAUCCAGCCUAUUGUCAACAAGGAGUAAUGUUGAUUUCUGAAAUGUAGUAGAAAUAUUCAACAUCUUUAUGUUUAAUAUAGACAAAAAGUUACAAAUACCUUGUAAAUAAGCCCUUGUUAUUCCUACUUGUAAACUCUUAACUUACUAGGAAUAUGUUUAGCAAUGUUCUCUUCUGAGAGGAUAAUAAAGGUAAUUUUUCCAAAGUGUGAA